GGUACAGGUGCCCGAGAAAGCAGAGCGCAAGUCGAGCGCUCUACUUCAAAAAUGAAUCAAACGUAUUGAAGUUAGAAAAAUUUGAACUCAUGAUACCUAAAGGUGCAAUGUAAAUGCUCUUUGUCGUGUAUAUAAUAGAGAAAAAGGACUGUGUAGGCAGGAUUCUGUGUAGACGGGGGCAGUUCCAGUGCUACCUCGCCGCAGGGGCCUGGCUCGAUUGUUGAAGCCAUCUGACCGCAACACGGGAGUCUUUAAGAGGAACAGAGCAAAGAAGAGUGCAUGCCAUUCAGAUCUAAUCAAACCAGUUUGCCUAGACUGCUGUGCAGGAAGUCCCGUGCGCUGUGUGUGGAGAGUGAGAGGAGAGAGGAGGUGUGCACACAGCACCUGCAACGACAAGGUGCCACUUUGGCCGUGUCUUGCUAACUAGUUACUUUAUGUUUUGUGAGAGAGCCCCGCAUUCAUUGCGUGGGAAGAUUCUUGCAUUCCUGAAGGAAAAGAUGAACUUGUCAUCACAUACUACAGAGGCGUGUUUUGGCUACAUGCGGCUGGCGAGUGAGAAGUAGGCCAAUGGACUAUCUGCCCAACGAGUGGCUGCUGUCGACUGUUGGAGAGCUGAGGAUGCCGUUCUCAGACGCGGUCAAGUACUCCAUCUUGGGCAUUUCGGUCGCUCUUCUUCUACUUGCGCUGUGCAUCUUGGUAUGGCAGGCCUUCAGAUGCUGCACCAGCAGGCACACCACAAUCACCCAGCCAGAUGCUGUAAACGGGGAUCCGCUGUGCUCAGGCAAAAAGUCAAGAAAUAUGAGAAACUACUCAGGAGCUCCAUGCACUAGGAUGGAGAAUGUCAGCACAGAGGUACGCAGACUCAGCCGCUGUUUGUCGGGAGCCUCGUAUCUUGCCUCAGGAUCCAGACAAGUGGAUGGAGAGGAGCAAGAGGCCAUUAUAAAGGUCGAUGGAUCGAUUCGUUUUUCCAUCUAUUAUGACCAACUCCAGUCCCACCUUGUGGUCACCGUCCUGCAGGUGGAAGGGCUUUUGGGGCCAAGCAAGACAUGCAGUCUCGAGCUAUUUGUUAAGCUGAGACUCAUGUGGGCAGGUUCAGUGGGAGUGGAAGUGGAUGACUGUACGGAAGAGGAGGACGAAGGGACUGCACCCAUCUUGUGGACGGUUCUGCAUGAGUGGCGGACUCGGGUUGUGAAAGGCAGCUGUAACCCUUUAUUUGGAGACCAAUUCAGCUGCAUCAUGCAAGAGGACAAGGAGCUUCAUCACAUAGACCUCAAGAUGGAGGUGAGGCACUUUGAUAAAUUCUCUAGACACACAGUGUUGGGAGAGGUGCGGGUUCCUCUAGGGCAGCUCAACAUCUCCUAUCCUCUUGAGCUACAGGAAGAUCUGAAGACACCCCAGAAGGAUCUUGUAGGAGAGGUGCUCCUCACUUUAAAGUUUCUUCCCACCUCUCAGAGGCUUGAAGUUGGACUACUUAAGGUCAGAACGGUCCUCACAGAAAUACGCUCAGCUGGAGCCCUGUAUGCCAGGAUCAGUGUGCAGUGCAACCAGCACAAAUUGAGGUACCAAAAAACCUCAGCUAUGGCCUAUUCACUGGUUACAGUCUUCAAUGAGGUACUCAUGUUCUCCCUGCCAGAGUUUCCCCUGGAGCAGUGUAAAAUAUCAGUUUCAGUGUAUGAGACUCACAUGACUAGAAAAUUACCCAAACAUCUAAUUGGACAUUUGACUUUGGGGAAGGAAGAAAAUUCACAAGACAAGCAUUGGAGCUCAAUGAUGUGUUCAGUUCGCCAGCCAAUAGCAAAGUGGCAUGGCCUACUGAUUUGACUGGUAUGUAAAUACUCACCGGCAGUGGUUUGUUGUCCACACCUGUUUGUAAAUUACUAAAAGUUGUAGUGCUCAUGUGUCAACCUGAGGAAUCUGUGCCUGCUUAGCAGUAUGCCAAACAUCAACCCCUUCCCAACGGCUCAUCACAUGUUAGCACUCAUUAUUGUUGAAGAUUAUUUAAUUUUUUGCUCAGGCUGUGCUUAACUGUGUCACAGUUAUCUGCAAUUCUUUUGUGCUUGUUCGAAAAUCACAUUCUGCGUUAAUAAAUCUCUGAAAGUUCAGUCAAUAUAUGCACUGUUAAUGGGAGUGUUGAACAAUGGUUUAUCUGUAAGGGAAAGUAGAAAAUAACUGGUCUCAACCGAAAAUCUUACCAAUGUUAAGUAGCCUCACUGGAUUAAAACAAAGAAUAAGAACACAUUUACUCAUGGUAGGGCUGGGUGGUAUAACCAUUCAACCGGAAGCAGAUUAUAUUAUAGUAUAGGUUUUUUUUCAUAUCGGUGUACAGCCGUAACGAAUGAUGUUCAUCAGCAGAGAGCGUAUUUACUUUUACACCUGACUGCUACCAGCCGCGGUUGGACCUACAUCCUGUCACAACAUUUUGGGAAAGAUAAACAGUUUCUAACACUGAUAAUUAGACAUUUUUUCAAAAUUGCCCCUCCGAACUGCAUGCUGGAUACAGUUUCCUGUCCUUCACAACAACAAGAAACCCCGUAGCUACAUGAAUACACGGAAAAGAGCGAUUCAGGAGGAACAGCGAGAGACUAGAGAUGCA